UUGUUCCAUGGAAGUUCGUUCAUAACUUCGUCUUCACUCUUCUCCCUCUCAACCGCUCCCUCUCUCUCUCUACGAAAAAUAGCUCACUUCUCUCUCUACACACAGUUUCAAUCGGAAGUUGAUUCGUCAUGAGUCGUUUCUGGACUUUGAUCACUCACCUUCAUACUCUCGCGGGGCCAGUGACGAUGUUGCUCUAUCCUCUGUAUGCAUCGGUUGUAGCGAUAGAGACAACUUCGAAAUUGGACGAUGAGCAGUGGCUAGCGUAUUGGAUACUCUAUUCUUUCCUCACGCUCAUGGAAAUGCUACUAGAACCUAUGCUACAGUGGAUACCAAUAUGGUAUGAUGUGAAGCUGCUAUUUGUGGCGUGGCUGGUUUUGCCUCAGUUCAGAGGGGCUGCCUUCAUAUAUGACAAACUGGUUAGAGAAAAGCUUAUCAAGAGAUAUGGAGCAGGAUUCUUACAACAACAAGAACAAAAAAAAUCCCCAAAUGGCAAGGCCAAAACCAAAACCAAAUUUGUGGACUUCAUCACCCCUAAGAAGAGUGAGCAUGAAGUUUCCUAACAGAAGAAGAGGUGGACUGUGGACACACCUUGAUAUCUUGCAAGCUCCCUUCUUGUCUGAAUUCAUCUUUUUACCUUUAUUGGUUUAGUUUGCUGACCAGUGUAGAUAUGUACAUCUUAUGAUCUUUGACAUGUCCGGUGAAAUAGCACUUACUGGUGUUUGUGAUGUAAAAAUUUGUGUCAAGGUGUUGUUAAUUGAGAUUUACUAAUGAAUGUAUGUUUGAAGAUUGUGUAUUGUACAUUUGUACACAAUGAAAGUCCAUCCCAAGUUGUUAUCAAAAGAUGGAUGGAAUUUUUGUGACUUGAUUUGGUUAUAUGAUAUUUGCCUAUUUGGAGUA